AUGUCCCGUUCUAAAGCAAAAAUGCCUUCCUUGGAAGAUCAAUUCGUCAAGGAGAUUUUUGACAGGAUGAAGAAGGAGGAUGAGGACAAUGCGGCAAAACACUAUAAAAUUCUCUUCAACUGCUAUCUGCCAGAAUUGAAGGAAAAAGGUUUCAAAACUGUUGGCACAUACAGGGAAUGGAAGAAAACGAAUCGAUGGUCUCCGCUAAAAGUCGAACAGGAGGAGGUGGAAUCAUUCAGCGAAGAAGUAAAAAAGGACGAAGUUGAAAAGGACGAAUCUGCCGAAGGGAAGAAGACAAAGGGCGGCAAGGGGAAGAAGGAUAAGACCCCGAAGGACUCAGCUUCGAAGAUGGAAUCGACUCCGAAGGAUCCGGCCCAGAAGGAGGCAACGACUUCGAAGGACUCGACUCUGAAGGAGAACCCGGCACCGGAGAAGUCAGACGCUGUAAAGAGCAAACAGGCAGGCACGACAUCGGAUGUUCCAACGGAUAUGGUGUCGGAGGCUAAAGAGACGGAUCAGUAA